CGCAACAAGUGAGCACGCUUAAAUAUUAAUAGUUAUCUUUCUCAUUGUAUAUAUCAAUAUUGAAGUGGAAAGCAUCUGCAUUGAGUGACUUCUUUGUGUGUUACUUUAAGUUUACAUUGGAUGCUGAGCGGAAUUAAAUAAAAAGCUAAUUGAAGAGACGAAGAAAAUAGAGUUGGUUGAAAUAGACGACGAGCAAGUUAUAAAUAUAUGCUUACACACUUUUUAUCUCACAAAUCACACGGGGUAGUUGGAAAAAUUAUCAUACAGAGAAAGAGAAUCUCGGAUGAUUCGGAAUAAAAUAGCAACAGAAGAGCAUUUAUUUCAAAGUCAUCAGUUGACCAUCGAAGUGAAGAGAUCGAUACAAAAGUUAUAAUAAUAUAAAUCUUGCGGUUGUGAAUUACACAUCAAUUUUUUUUUAUUCAAAGAAAUAGUUCAAAUUGGAAAAAGAAAAAAAGUAACAUUAUACCCGUGAUAAAAACACUCGAAGAAAAAAAAAUAAUAAUAACAUUAAUGAAAGUGAAACAGAAAAAAAUAUAAAUGUAAUGCAAAAAAUAAAAACAACUACCAUAAGAGUAAAAGAAGACAUGACUGCUUGUGAUAAAAAUCAUUACAAAAAACUGUUAGUUCCACAUUUACUCUUGUUGUGAUCAUGUAUCUUGCCAUCUAUAUAUUUAAAAAUAUUAUGUAUAUGUACAUAUGAACUCAGAGUAGCAAAUUAAUCUUGUGCAACAAUUUUUUUUUUCUCUCUCUCACUCAAUCAUAAAAAAAAUAAACCGAAAGAAAAAAACUAUGUUAACGUAUGAAGUGCAAUUAAAUAACUUAACUGACUGAAUUUUAGUGUACUAUUUGGAAAAAAAUUGCAUAUAAUGACUAUUAUUUUUAAAAUAAUAAUAAAAAUAAAAAAAUAAAAAACUAAAGAAGAAAAUACAAUUGGAGACGGCGAAAUAAAAGUAGAUAAUAACAUUAAAAAUGUCGACGAGCAGUAGCAGUUUGCCAGUUGUUUGGUGUGCUGAUAGAAAUUCGGUAGAUAAUAAGCCGACAGCUUUCGCUCUUCAAGGUAUACAUUUGCAAGGAAAUAUAAGUGAGCAGCAUGUGCUUGCUGUACGUGAACUAAUAAAUGCAGCAUCCGAAGGACGACUGCUUUUACCAGCUGAUGGCAGUGUUGUUGUAUUGAGUUGUGGUGUUGGGGUAGGAAGUUUAAUAGUUAGUAGCAACAAAAAUAGCUUUAGUGAGUUUAAUAAAACAACAGAAAUUUUCGAUAUUGCAAAAACCAUUGAAAAUAAUAAUAAUAAUACAUCAAAAACCACAAAUGGGAAAGAUGAAGAUGAAAGAAUUCGACCUAAUUUUCACAUUAACACAUCUAAUGAAGUAUUAUAUGAAUUUUUAUGUUGCGCACGAUGUAUGAGUGAGGGAACUAAGUGUAAUGGUAAAUCAAGUCAGAAUUCAAAAAUUAUUGAAAAAUAUUUGGAUGCAAAAGUAAAUGCAGCGAGAGCAAUGAGACGAAUACCAGUAGUUGGAAAUAAGCCAUUAAAAAAUAGAAAAAGAACAAAAAUUUCAUUUAAAAGUGAAAGACGCAUCCUUAAAAGAAUUCAACCGACCAAUGUCCUUCCAAUUUAUGCGACCGUUAAUAAAAAAGAAAAAAUAAAAAGCAGCGAGAUCAAGACAAAAGAAUCAGAAAAUGCGACCGUAAAAAAUGACGUAAUUGAAACAACAUUGAGUACUGAAGUCGUUAAAAUUUCAUCAACAUUUCAUGAAUCAUUCAGAAAAACAAGUUUUGAUUCAACAUGUACAAUAAGUUCUAUGGAUUCUGGAUUUAUGGAAAUGCAAAACAAAUCAGAUCUUGGAAAAAAAGGAUUAAAAGUUAAAAUGUCUUCAAUUGAAAGUAUUCAAAUAAAAAUCGAACCACCCGAAAAGGGUGAAGAUUUUGCACAAAAUGUUGAGGAAUCUGCUAAUAAAGUUGAAUCUUUAAAUACAUGGAAUCGAUUGACAAUUCCUCAACAAUCAAGAAAUCGGAGGAAGUCAUAUGAAGAAUUUAAGUCAUUAUUUUGUGAUCAGAAAAAUUCAUUAUUGGUUGUAAAUGAAUCCAAAAGUUCAAGUAAAUCACGUCGUAAGUCUUAUGAAGAAUUUAAGUCUGCAACAAAUACUAUUAGUAAAAACGAUAGCUCUAUAUGUGAUGAUAAUAAAUCUAGUGGAAAUGAAUCAUUGACAAUUAGCAAGAAUAAUAGUAGUAAUGAGAAUUUAAGUACUUUCUUUGGUCGAAUGAGAAGAGGAUCAAAGAGAUUUUCGCAAAAGCAUAACAGUAAAACUUUUGUGAGCAGUCCAAAUAGUAAUUGUAAUAAAAACAGUACUAAUAAUCAUAAUAAUUUUAAUAGUAAUAUAAUAAGCAAAAAAUCAAUUAAUGAGGAGCAACAGCGUGAUAUUGCAGAAUUUACUAUUUAUGAUAUAUUACGAAAAAACGAACAAAGUUCCAAUAAUAUCAACAACAUUAAUUUAUUAGAUGCUAACAAUGUGAUAAAAAGGAAUUACGAUAAAAAUCUCGAGUUGUUUGAGAAUCAUUGUAAUGAACAAAAUAACAAACAUAAUUUAAAGUCAUGCGGUACAAUUUACGAUAUUAUACAAAAGCGGAAUGAUAUAUAUUCAAAAAGCUGUAAAAAGUAUGAUAAGUAUAUGACAUACGGAACAAUCUAUGAAAUUUUACACAGGAAGAGUGAUGAAGGUGAUCAGUUCGAUCGAAAACGUACUUUCUCGGAAAAAUACUCCAAUAAACAACGAAUUAAUUAUGAUUUCAUUAAAGCUUCUUCGAUAGCAAGUCAAAAAAAUGCAAAUUUCAUUAACAAUAGUAAUAUUGGCUUAUUUAAAAAAGUUAAUAGCAGCAGUAAUGUCACUGACAUAAGUGAAGAAAAUUUAAAUUCAUCGAACACAUCAGCAAGUGCGAGCUCAUUGAAACAAGGAAGUUGCAAUACGAAUAAUCAAUUAUCAAUAACAUCAGCUAAUAGCAAGCAAUUGUCAACUAUUUACGAUAUUUUGCAAACCAAGAAAUUAGAUACAAGUAUAUCGAUUCAAACAAAUAAUAAAAAUCGUUUCUUAGUACGUAAAAUAACAGAGGAAGAACUUUUUGAGUUUCAAAAGGAAAGCGAUAAUUCUUUCAGUAACAAUGGUAGCAACAACGUUAAUAAUAAUAAAAAUGAUUUGAAUUCCAUCUCUUAUAAUACAAAUGAUACGAAAAUUUCAGUGAAUAUUGAAGAAUCUACAUUAUCAUGUAAUAAUGAUCAAAAGAAGCAAACAAAACUUCGAAGAUUCUCAAAUAUUUUAUCAUAUGCACCGAAAACUAUAAAUGAAUUUGAUUUUAAGACGAUUGAGAAUCAUUCUGAUAUUGAAGCCAAGCUCGAUAUUAAAAUUGAUGAGAUAUAUUCUCGUUUAAAUCGAAUAAAUACCGUUCAAAUAAUCGAAAAUGAGCAUGUUCAGCAACAAAAGCAACCAAAAGCUUUUAAUCUGAAUCAAAUAAAAUUUAGAAAUGAUGAACUAACCAAUGGAUCAAUAUACAAGAGCAAUUCAUUAGAUAUGCUCUUAACAACAGAAGAUAAUCAAGAAUUCGUUAAACAAAUUCCAUUGCGUAAAAUAUCAGUUCCAGCUCAUUUACCACCGAAAAUUCUUCCAAAGAAGAAUACCAGACGUUUAUCAGAAUUCACUCGUGGAGAAUUCUUGAAUGAAAAGUUAUGGUAUUUCCGGAAGAUAAAGAGAAUAGAGGCAGAGAAGAAACUACUGUUACCAGAAAAUGAGCAUGGCGCUUUCUUAAUACGUGAUUCUGAAAGCCGCCACAAUGACUAUUCAUUAUCAGUGAGAGAUGGCGAUACAGUGAAACAUUAUCGAAUUCGUCAACUCGAUGAAGGAGGAUUCUUUAUAGCUCGUCGCACAACAUUUAGAACACUUCAAGAGCUAGUCGAGCAUUAUUCGAAAGACUCUGAUGGAUUAUGUGUGAAUCUUUGCAAACCAUGUGUACAGAUUGAGAAGCCUGUAACUGAUGGCUUAUCGCAUCGUACACGUGAUCAAUGGGAAAUUGAUAGAAGCUCAUUAAGAUUUGUAAAGAAACUUGGAUCUGGUCAAUUUGGUGAUGUAUGGGAAGGUUUAUGGAACAAUACUACACCAGUUGCUAUCAAAACAUUGAAGCCAAAUACUAUGGAUCCUAAGGACUUUUUAGCUGAAGCACAAAUAAUGAAGAAAUUAAGACAUAGCAAAUUAAUUCAGUUAUAUGCUGUAUGUACACUUGAGGAACCAAUUUAUAUUAUCACCGAAUUAAUGAAGCAUGGCUCAUUAUUGGAAUAUUUACAAGGAAAAGGACGAAAUUUGAAACUUCCACAGUUGAUUGAUAUGGCUGCCCAAAUAGCUGCUGGGAUGGCAUAUUUAGAAUCACAAAACUACAUCCACCGAGAUUUGGCAGCGAGAAAUGUGCUCGUAGGCGAUAACAAUCUUGUAAAGCUUGCUGAUUUCGGUCUUGCACGCUUAAUUAAAGAAGACGAAUAUGAGGCACGUGUUGGGGCCAGAUUUCCAAUAAAAUGGACAGCACCUGAAGCAGCGAACUAUAGCAGAUUCUCAAUCAAAUCAGAUGUGUGGAGUUUCGGUAUUUUAUUAACAGAAUUAGUAACAUAUGGACGACUUCCUUAUCCAGGCAUGACAAAUGCUGAAGUAUUAACGCAAGUAGAGCAUGGAUAUAGAAUGCCAAUGCCACCGAAUUGCACACCUGCUCUUUAUGAAAUUAUGCUUGAAUGCUGGCACAAGGAUCCAAUGAGAAGACCGACGUUUGAGACAUUGCAAUGGAAACUCGAAGAUUUCUUCGUAAUGGACCAAAGCGAUUACAAAGAAGCACAACCAUACUGAUUAACUGACGAUGGCACGGCACAAAGCAUUAGUGAAAAACGCGGUAAAAGUAAGAAGAAAAACUAAGACAAAAAUCAUUGUCCGUGCCAUAGCGUGGAGGUUCAACGAUCAUGGUAUUUUAUUUUAAACAAAAUUUGUUUGAUAUUUAUUUUUAUCAUUCGAAAACAACAUAUAUCUCCCAUUCAUAAUAUGAAUUCCACUUACAAUCUUUGACAUGUUAAAAGUUAUGAACAAUUUUCAAAAAAAGUCAGUGUUCAGAAAGUAAUUUUUAAGACGAAAAAAACACAUAUAUAUGUAUGAUAUAAUGACGCAUUUUCAAUAAUAGCCAUUCUAUUAUCAUUCUAGACUAAUCUAAGCGUUUAUUCGGUUCCAUUCAAUUCCAUUUUAAUAAUUUUCUCUUAAAUAAGUAAAUGACAAGGCAUGACGCAUUUUAAAUAAUUAUUUUAUAUUUUCUAUGAAGAAUCCUUAAUGAAAAAAAAAAAAGAUAUCCAAUAAGAAUGAGAAGAUUUUAAGAAUAAAUGAGCAUGUAAAUAUUUAAAAUGAGGAGAGAAAAAUGUUAGUCGCUUUAUAUGGUUGAAACAAUAGAAUGAGCUAAAAGAUGAAUUAUAUAUAUAUAUGAAUAUAUAUAAAAAAAAGCAUGUAAUUUAAUUAGAUAAAUGACUAUACCAGAAAUUGAUUAAAAAUAGAACAACAAAAAAAAAAGAGAAGAACAUGAUGAAUACGAAAAGUUUAGGAUUAAUAUGUUCUAGCUAUAAAUAGUUUCGAUUCUCAUAAGAAGCAAUUUUUAUAUUAAUUAAUAAUGAAAACAGAAAAUCAUUGUAAGUAGUUUCAAUAAUCUAAUCAAUAGAGAAAGGAUUAAAUUUAGUUUGUGGCGGUCUCAAUCGUACAAUAUGAAAAUUUCGAAACUCAAACAAGGAACAUAAAAAAAAACUAUCAGAGACAAUUGCUAAGAAAAAUAUACAUUUAAUGCAUAGAGGAACUAAAAUUGUUUAAUUUCAUCUUCUCAAUGUGUCAGUUAUAUACAAGAUUAGCUAUUUAUAAGGAUAUUUUUGGCAAUAACUUAACUUUCAGAGAUUAUAAAUUAUUUUUACGGUUUAAACAAGAAUAUCAUAAUAGUAAUUAUUUUUAUUUAAAUUUAAUUAAUUUUCAUUGAGCAUAAAUGAGGAGCAUUUUACAUGAAUAAUGGAUAUUAUUGACUUAUAAAGAUCAAGCAUGCAUUAACAGACUGAUCAAAAAAUAAAAUCAAUCAUUUUUACAUUAAUAUUAUUAAAUUCUUAUAAUGUCUUGAUGCCAUUUUUUCGACAAAGCUCCUCAAUCAAAUGUUCAUUUUAUUAAGUUGAGCAAAAAUCUGCAAAAUUUUACGUUGCAUGUCCUUGAUUUAAUUUUUUUACAAUCAUGUUUUCUUCAGUAUCUUCAUUGCAAUUGUUUAAACCCAUCACAAAGAAAUUUUUACAUUGUUUUCAAAUCAGAAAGCUUUAAGCUUAUCUCAAUCUCAAACAAUUACAAAAAAUUACAUUUUGCUUUUAUGUUUGUAUUUAAUUAUUAUUUUUUGUUCAUACCACGAAAAAAUGUAAUGUAAGAUUUAAGAAAAAAAAAAUCAGUGUUUCCGGAGAAAUCCAUAAAUAUUUUAUAA